AUGUCAGAAUCAGCGGAAUUCGCAGAAUUGCUGGCUGCUCUCGAGAAUGGAACUGUUCUCCGGAAAGUCAUCUCCCCGUCGAAGAUCGUCUCCCGAAGAUUCUUCCUCGACCCCAAACACGAAUAUCUCGCUUACUUCCCAUCGCGAAAAGGAGUUUUCUGCUCCGCAGACGCACCUCUAUAUGCCAUUCGCGACAUCAGUGAAGUGCGUCGAGGAUUUUCCACUGACACUUUCCACAGACUCGAUGAGAAUUCGCAGCAGCGACGAUCGAUACGGAAUGGUCUGAUACGGGACGAGCUCUGUUUCUCUGUCGUUCUAAACACGUCGAACACCACACUCGAUCUUAUCGCUCGCACAAAAGAAACAGCUGAUGCCUGGCAGCGAGUUCUCUCGCAUCUUGUAGCUGCCUACAGGAGUGCUGAGCGACAAGAAGCGUUCGACAGCUGGAUUAAAGCUCAGUUCGCUCGAGCCGACGUCAACGGCAACGGGGUCUUGAACUUCCCUGAGUGUGUUGAACUCCUCAAGCAAAUGAAUAAAGCCGCCCCGAAAAAAGUCAUCCGGAAACUCUUCGAAGCCGCGAACAAGAAUCGGUUGCCUAUUGACGGAGAGGAUGUUCUCGAUAAAAACGAGUUUGUGUUGUUCUACAACUCUCUGCUCAAUAGACCAGAAAUCGUUGAGAUAUUCGACAAAUACAAAGCCAAAGGAACAGAAUUGAUGGGAGCCGAAGAAUUGCAGCGCUUCCUCAGACGGGAACAGAGUGAACAAUGCUCUGUGAAUGAGUGCCAGCAGAUUAUUCAAACUCUAAGCGAGUCGACUCAUGAGGAUUGGGGAUCGGACGGUCACCUCACCGUCCGAGGCUUCGAAGCAUUCCUUUUGUCUGACCGGCAGGAUAUUUUCGACCACAGGCACCAUUCCGUCUGUCAGGAUAUGACCCGGCCCCUGAACGAGUAUUUUAUCGCAUCGUCCCACAACACGUACCUUCUCAAUCAUCAACUCGUGGGCGCCUCCAGCGUUGAGGGUUACAUUAAGGCCAUGAAAAGAGGAUGUCGUUGUCUAGAAUUGGACGUCUGGGAUGGUCAGAAUUCGGAGCCUGUAGUGUUCCAUGGAUAUACUUUGACCACGAAGAUUCUUCUGAAGGACGUCUUAGAAGCUAUUUCAACCUAUGCCUUCCAGUCUUCACCUUAUCCCGUCAUCCUCUCCAUCGAGAACCAUUGUACCCAAGAACAACAAAGGAAGAUGGCCUCUUAUUUUCGCUCAUAUCUCGGAGAAUACUACUGCGGAGAUCUGGUGGACGAUCUGAGCGAGCUCCCAUCUCCUGAGCAGCUCAAAUACAAGAUACUCAUCAAGUGUAAGAAGCUGGAAACGACCAAGGAACUCCCCGAACUCCGGGAAGAACAGGAGUUCGCCCAGACUCUUAGCGUGAACGACGCUGAAGCUCUCGGCUACGUGAGCGACUCCUCAGAGGUAUCGGAACAUUUUGGGAGCGGUUCUUCCAACGAGGGCGAUGACGGGAAGAAAGAUGCCGACGUUUCUUACGAGAAGGUCGUCGCGUCUUCUUCACGUGAAGUCAAAGGAGAACACAAGGAGAAGAACAGCCGACUCCGACGGUCUCUGCGUCGCUCCUCGGGCCGCGGGAAACUGAAUCUCACACAAGAGCUAUCGGAUUGCGUCAAUUACAUCAUCGCAACUCCUUUCCACAGUCUCGAGGAAACACAAACAUGGCGUCCCAACCAAAUGACGUCAUUCAGUGAAUCCAAGUGCCUGAAAAUGCUCAACGGUGGAGAGAGGAAGAACUUUAUGAAGUACACUCAAAAGCACUUGGCGCGCAUCUACCCCAAGGGGAGCAGAACUUCUUCCACGAACUACAAUCCGAUACCGUUCUUCAACAGCGGCUGUCAAAUAGUGGCGCUGAACUAUCAGACUCCGGAUAGCAGUAUGUUCUACAAUAUUGCGAAAUUCGCUCAGAAUGGCAAUUGUGGUUAUGUUCUCAAACCUCGGAUUUUGAGAAACGAUCUCGACUCUUUCGAUUUCGAUGAGCCUCCCUUAUCUUUGUGCAGAACUGUCACCAUAAAGAUCAUUAGCGGGCAACACAUUCCGAAACCGGAUGAAUCUCUAGAAGGCGAAGUCGUUGACCCCUAUGUUCUGGUGAAAAUCGUUGGACACCCUAAAGAUCGAGCUUGCGCGGAGACGGAGUUCGUUAGGAACAAUGGAUUCAAUCCGAACUGGAAUCGGACUUUCGAGUUCAUUGUCGAGGUCCCCGACCUCGCCUUCCUUGUUUUCAUCGUUAAGGACGACUCUCGUACGGGAAAGAACCUAAAAUUGGGCAAAUACGCGGUUCCGCUGACGGCGGUUCGCACUGGCUACCGACAUGUUCACUUGCGGAAUCCAUGGUUUGAAAAAAUUGUUCCCGCGUCAUUGUUCGUCCAUAUCGACAUCCGCAGGAGCUCUAAUUAUCAGACUCUGUAA